AAGGUAUUGGUUGCAGGGCACGAUAUGUUGUAGAGUAAAAAUGCUCCACUGUGGACAAAUUGAUCAAAAUGUCUUUGAACAACAAUUAUUGACCAUUAAGUUCUAUAUGAAUGACAACCAAACAAUGAGAAUUCUUUUCUCAAACUCAAAGAAACAAUCUUCUAGAUUAAUUUACUUUAAAACUAAAUUCACAGAAACAAUCAGUGUGCAGAACAAAUUCGUAAGCUGAUUCACAAACGAUCUUCUGUAUCAAUUUCAAGUAACACACAGUUUAUCGUUUUUGUCUCAUCUUCAUCAAUUUUACUUGCAAACGCCUGGAAAUUUUCUCUGGAAGAUCCUAACCAUCUUCAACAGCUUUUGUGAAUAGAAUCCUGAAAUUAUAGAAUUCCAUGAUGUGACAUCUUUUUGAGGUAUUUUGUCAAACAGUUGCCGUGUCUUUUCAAUAUUUCCAUAUUCUCCACAAAUGUCUACCAGCACAGUUGCAAGUACAACCGAAGUUUUUCAAUCCUUUAUACUUUAAUUUAUGUCUAUUCCCUGAUACAAACGCCCCUCAGGAGAACUGAAAUUGGUAUGAUUUAACCCAGCCUUGUCCAACCCAACCUUAAAUAGGCCUCUUCUCCUGAUGCCUGUUAAAUAAACAUUCACCGUAAAAGGUGAUUUCUAUCUUAUCAAAAAUGGCUCCGAUAUUGGUUUCUCCGACUAUUUCAGUUUCCAAGUCCCCAGGAUGGGUUUCAACGAAAACCCAUGGAAUUUCACCUAUUGGAAAGUACUCGCACGCAAAGAGUCUCGCUUGCCACAACAUGCCAUCUGCUGUUGUUGCCGGAGAGGAUGCAAAGACUCUUCAGGCUUAUUACCAGAAGCCAGAUUAUGUUCACUCUGUUUCAACAUUUAAGGAGGCACCCUUGGAUGAGAUGGAUAAGAGAAUAGAGAAAUUGGUUUCAGAGAUCAAAGGGUUCUUUAAUUCGAUGGAAGAUGGGGAAAUAAGUCCCUCUGCUUACGAUAGUGCGUGGGUAGCGAGAGUUCCUGCCAUUGAUGGCUCUGCUAAACCCCAGUUUCCUCAAAUGGUGGACUGGAUUCUUCACAAUCAGUUACCGGACGGUUCCUGGGGACAGAAGAAUCGCUUUUUAGCGUGUGAUAGACUCCUUAAUACUCUUUCCUGCCUAGUUACUCUGGCCUUCUGGGGUAUUGGAAACAAUCAAGUGAACAGAGCAGGUCUUGAUUUCUUAAGGAGAAAUACAGAGGGAAUGAUUAAAGAAGCACUUGGCCAUCAUCGAUCCAAGGGGUUCGAGAUGGUCUUUCCUGUACUGCUGAAUGAAGCCAAACUUUUGGGUUUGGAUUUUCCUUAUGAGCUAUCUGUCAUAAAACAAAUAAGCGAAAAGCGGGACUCGAAAUUGAAAAAAGUAUCUGUUGAAGAGCUGCACAACCAUCCCUCAACAAUGUUGCAGUGUCUGGAAGGCAUACAAGAAGUAGUAAAUUGGAAAAAUAUUCUGAAACUGCAAUCCAAGGAUGGAUCUUUCUCAGGCUCCCCAGCAUCUACAGCUUGUGUAUUUAUGCAAACAGGAAACAAGAAAUGUCUACGAUUUUUGACGAGCCUACUUAAAAAGUUUGGAGACCAUGCGCCGAGCAUGUAUCCGGUGGAUAUAGCGGAGCGUUUGAGAGCUGUGGAUAGUGUUGAAAGUCUUGGCCUCGAACGCCAUUUCCAAACGGAGAUUAAACAAGCCAUGGACUAUGUGUUCCAAUACUGGAGUGAAAGAGGCAUUGGAUUUGGAAGGGAGAGCCUGGUUCCAGAUAUUGAUAUUACAGCCACUGCCUUCAGGCUUCUCAGAACGUUCGGCUACCCUGUAUCUUCCGACGUUCUGCAAAACAUUAAAGGCGAGGCUGAAGAACUUUGUAAGCAGUCUGGUGACGAAAACAGCGCAGGAAUAAUCGCUAUAUUGAGCCUGUAUAGAUGUUCACAGCUUAACUUUCCGGGCGAGAACGUAAUGAGAGAAAUAGGUGCAUUUGCAAAAGAUUACUUGGCCAAAUCUCUGCAAAGCGAGAACUUUUCUCAGGCAAAGGCUGUCAAGGAGAACAUUCGCCAAGAGGUUGAAUAUGCUUUGUCUGCUCGAUGGAAUAGAAAUAUGCCAAGGCUAAUGGCUAGAAAUCACAUAGUAUCGUUUAAUCCCGAUGACCUAUGGCUGGGAAAAACAUUAUAUCACCUGCCAAAAGCUAGCAACGACAAGUAUUUAGAAUUGGCCAAACUCGACUUCAACAGCAUUCAGGCUAAACACAGAUCUGAAAUACAACAUAUAAAGAGAUGGUACAAGGAUUGCAAAUUCCCACAGUUGGAUUUUACUCGUCACAGAGAAGUGGCAGUUUACUGGACCUCUUCAGCGGCAAUGUUCGAACCACAAUACACUGAUUGUAGACUCGAUUAUGCAAAAGCCGGACUCCUGGCUGUUAUCAUAGACGACCUAUAUGACACUUAUGCAACUCUGCAGCAAUUAAAGCUCUUCAAUGAAGCUUUCGAAAGAUGGGAUCCACUGCAAAUAGACCAACUGCCAGAGGACAUGAAAAUAGUUUUCAUGGGUUUCUAUAAUACUUUGACCGAUAUAUCUGAACGAGCAAGGAAGGUUCAAGGUCGUGAUGUAAUUCCUUACCUACGCCAACAGUGGUUAGAUCUGUUGGCCAGUUUCACAAAAGAAAGAGAGUGGAUGGAUAAAAGUUAUUCGCCAUCAUUAGAUGAAUAUUGGGAGAAUGCCGAAGUGUCGAUAGCACUGGAAACAACUAUCCUGACGCCAAUAUUUUCUACGGGAGACAUUCUUCCUGAUCACAUUCUCGAUAAGCUUGACUUUCUCAAUCUCGUCAGUCAGACAGGCCGUCUUAUGAACGACUAUAGAACCUUCCAGAGGGAAAGAGAUCGCGGGGAAUUGGCUUCAUUCGUACAAUGUUACAUGAAUGAGCACCCUGGAUGCACUGAAGAAGAGGCCUUGAAUUACAUGGAGGGACUGAACGAAGAGGCCCUUAGCAAAUUGAACUACCACUUUCUAAUGCGUGCAGACAUACCCAAGCAUUAUAGAACACUUCUUUUCAACACGGCCAGGAUAAUGCAAUUGAUUUACAGGAAGGAAGACGGCUUUCUAAAUGCCGCAGAGGAUCUUGAAGAUUCCAUUAAAAAGUCUCUGUACGAACCAUUGCUGUAACAGAUUUCCCACUGUUAUGGGUUCUUGCAAUUCCAAUAGUCAACGCGCGUGGUUCCAUCUAGAUUACUGUUAUAGAAUGUGGGCAUUAUAAUUUCAAACAACAAACUCUGUAAAAUGUUUUUUUAAUUUUAACU